AUGAAAUAUAUUGCUGAUAACUUGACAGUUGCGGCACAACCUCUCAGUGAGAAAGAUCUUACAUUGUAUAUUCUUGGUGGCUUAGGUCCCGAUUAUGAUGCGUUGGUGGUCUCUAUUACCUAUAGAGUUGAAAUCAUAUCCCUUGCUGACUUACAUGGGUUUCUGCUAAGCCAUGAGACACGUCUUGAAAAUCUAAGUACUAUUGAACAAAAGCAAGUGCACUUUACUGCAAAAUCUUCAAAUUUUAAUCCUAAAAGUGAUGACGGCUACAAAAAGAACACAAACCCGAACCUGAAUCAGCAUUAUGGAGGACGCUGGGGAAGGGGUCGAGGAGUGGUUGCAGGUUUUAUCAUAAUUCUUAUCAAGUCCAUGCAUGCACAAACUCAAAUGACAGCCUACAUCGCUCAACCGAAUGUUGUAUCUGAUCCAUCUUGGUAUCCAGAUUCUAGUGCUACGUACCAUCUUACAAAUGAUCAUCUCAACAAUUUGGCUCUUAGAGGAGACUACCAUGGUACAUACCAAAUUUUGGAUCGAUCGGGCAACGAGGAAGGUGCUACUGUGAGGCCGGGAGACUUGAGCAUGGCCUUUACAAGCUUCUUUUCACCCGAAGAUCCAACUGGUAGUCCUUAA